AAAAAAAAUUGGCAAAUCUUGAAGAGAAAGCAUCAAUGGUAAUCAGAGACAUUAUCAUCCAUAUCAUCGAGGCAUCUCAACCGAAAGGCCAAAUUGUUUUGCUUAGGAAAAAUCUUUAUGACUUACAGGGAUUUAUACAAGAGCACAACAUAAAAAUUCGCUGGAAGUAUGGUUACAGAAUGUUCGAGAAAUAUUUAGAUAUCACACUUGAUAAUGUUGAAGACAACUCGCGAAUUUUUUCCAUCGAUAAAUUGGAUUAUAAGCUGAGCGUUAUUGAUAGUUUUCUCGCAAUUUGGCAAGCUGGGAGUCCAUUUCUACACGGCUUUCAUUGGUUUUAUGUUAUAUUUCCAAAUGCACCUCAUCCACCACCAAUUCCGGGAUAUGUAAUUAUCUCUCAAGCCAAAGUAAAUCAUGAAUUUGACAAAUUUAUUAGUUGGUGGGAAAAAAGAUUGGUGGAAAACGAACUG